AUGCCUGCUACAGCCCCACGGGGAAAAGGACACGCCAGGACAAAUACAGUCGAGAUCCAAGAGUCUGCCCGUCUCGAGCUCGUUAUCCCCCAAGCCUCAGAUCUCGACAUAUCACAGGCAAUUUCUAGGACGCUCGAGGAUAGCAGUAAACCAGCUGCAACAUAUGGUGGCGGCAUCCCCGCUGUAGCUACCAUUGCACAGCGUGAUUCGCUCUUCUACGAUGAGACACUUCCGGUCUUUGUAGUUCUUCAGAUCCUCAUCCCCCUGGAGGAAAGUCUUUAUGAGUCCUACCUCUCCCGACUCGCCGUAUCUCUUGAAGUAGCGGCGGUAGAUGGCCAAAAGCGCCAAACGGAUUAUGGGGGGAAGGGUCACGAGCAGCUUCACUUGCUCUUCCAGACAGUUGUGGAUGAAAAGGAAACCCAGCGGAUUCUAUUGGGGGAUGACUCGCAGAGGCUAGCUAUAUGGAAACUGGAGGUUCCAUUAGGCCACCCCCGAGCCCGCCUGAAUAAUCCUCGUGUGAUAUUCACGGCUUCUACCACCAUACGGCCGACCGAGCUUCAGAAAUCUGUGAUCGAAGACGAAUAUAUCACUUCCAGGCAGCCUGUCGGUCUCAACCUUCUUGAAUCCUUCUCAGAUGACCCCUACUUAUCUUCGAUUGCUCCACGUCUCUCGGCAUCUCGUGUCUCCCGCGUUAUCCCUGUGACUCAAGCUCCCCAGCAAGCUCUGCGUCCGUUCGGUUAUGCCUCAAAACGCUCUUUCAACAUAUACCCUGCGAUUAAUAUUCGUUUACGUUACUCACGUAUUUUCUCCGGGACUAAACAAACAAUCAUUGCUUCCCUAGAUCUUGAAGUUACCCCCUUCGGGGAUUGCGAUGUUACUAUCGAGAGCGUUGACAUUGCAUUGUCGGGUGGAAGAGCCGACGCACUAGCAGAUAUAUCAUCUUCCACACUGCCGAUAGAAUGCCGACCCAGAGAUGAUAUAACGUUUCUAUAUACUCUUACUCAAACCGAUCUUCUCCCAACCUCCAGCGAUCCUAUACCGAUCCCCUCUAACUCACCAGUUCGCCCGAUUUCAGUAAGCUUAAGAGCGACGGCACAUCUUUCCUCAGUCUGUCAUCCUAAGAUAUUCACAAACUGGACAACAACUGUAGACUUCUCCCCGCCUCCAGUAACGCCUUCAUUCCCCCCUACUCCUGGAAUACAGCGAACCCAUCGCCCUCCUUCUUUGGGGAGUAUAAUUCACGGUGCAACUGUUUCUUCCUCUACCGGCAUUCGGCCUGUUUAUCAACCUGCACAACCUUCACCUAAUAUUGCCUUUACUCCACCCAUUCUAUCAUCUCCCUCAUUUGCGUCUUUCCAGAACCAGGAAAGUGCACUGGGUUUGACGAUAACGUUUGCAGGCCCUUCGAGAGUAUAUGUGGGCGAAGUUUUCCUCUGGACGGUAUUCGUCGUAAACCGUUCCCAACGGGCAAGAAAACUAGCACUCAUCGUUCCACCAAAACGACGAAAGGUCGGGGAAGGUAAAGUUCUGCCCCCUCGACCAGCAGGAGAUGAUGCAACGGAAUCGGUAUUGGACGAAAAUGUCGUGUACCAGACACACAGGGCGCAGUAUCUAGAACCGGCAGAGUUGGUGCCACUUGUCAACGAUGUUAGGGUUGGGCCGUUACUACCCUCGGCAUGUCACACAGCUGAACUUCGAUUCAUCGCGUUGGCAACUGGUGUACUGAACGUUGAGGGCGUACGAGUUGUAGACUUGGUAACAAGUGAAACUACGGACUGCAGAGAUUUGCCAAGCAUUGUCUCUGUAGGGAAGAGGUAA